AUGAAUCAGAAAAUACAUAAAAAAUUGUUUGAAAUUGCAAAUCUCCUGACGCUUGUUAUACGCCACCACCCAGAUUUACCUUCAGUCCUUCAACUUCCCCUGAUUCCAGCAAACCAUCACUUAUCAUCGAUCCAUCAGACAGAUCCACAACCAUCAACAAUGGCAACUGAUCGUUCGUUUGUCACGGAGAUCGGUCCGGAUGGUCUCGUUCGCGAAUCGCCUGUCAUCGCCCACACCGAGCGGAUGAUUGAAGAGGAGCAGCUUCAGUUGAGAAAAUACAUUGAAGAGAAUUAUUCCAAAAUCCGUGAUGUUGAGCGAGAGCUUACAGGUCUCACAAUGGAGAUGAAACUCACAGCAGGACCAAAGAAAGCUGCACUUGAACAUAUGAGGAAGAAAAUCGAAAUGUCAACAGAGAAGAUUCGUCUUGCUAAGUUGAAGGAAGAAGAGGCAAAGAAGGCUUUGGAAGCUGCAUCAAAGGCAGUGAAGGAUGAAGAAGCACUCAAGCAGAAACUAUGUGAAGAUUUGAAUAAUUUGGUCCAAGAAAGCAGUAGCUCUCAGUUUGCUAGACUAGAGGAGCUAAAAAGGCGGCUAGAGGCUUUGAAUCCAAGAAGGUCAUCUGCAUUUUUGGGAGCUGGUGCGAGUCCAGUGGAACCUGCAUUGAAUUUGAGGAGGACAGGUGUGGAGGUAUCGGUUCCUUCUAAUAGUAAUAGUGUGGAAGCUGCAGCUACUACUAUUACAGAAUCAUCUAAUAAUAAUGAAAAGACAAGUGGAGAUGUACAAGAAGGGAUGACAAGGGGUAAAAAGAAAAAUGCAAUCCCAGGGAGACCUAAUAAUAAAGGUCAAGGAGGAGGAAUUGGAGCAAUACCCAAGAGAGGAACCAGUUGGACUGGUGCUGGCUUUGACUAAAUUUUCUUCCAGGUGGACCUAAGAAUAGUAAAUGCAUGCAGACUCUUACUCUACUCUACUCUCUUUUAACUUUGGAAUUCUUUACAUAUUAUUAUUGACUUUGGAGUGUUAUGUAACCUUGAAAAAAGAUGACCAGUAGACUAGAAAAAUCGGGGUGGGGUCUUUCGGACCUUCCAACAAAAAAAACAAAUGUGAUAAGUCAUUUCAUAGCAAUGACAGUAACAUAUCAGGAAGAAAAAAAAAUUAUAUAGUAAAUAAAUAAGGUACAUGACAUGACAACAUCUUGUUACCAGUCAUUUUUUUCACAUAAACAUUGUAAGGAAUUAAAGUAGACAUUUCAUAGAAGUGAUUGUAUACAACACUAAUCCAUUUUAAUGUAGAACCAGUGGGCUAAAGUUGGAGAGAAAUGAAAUUAGGGAGUGGGAAGAUGUAAUUUAAACUUUUAAACUGAAAUGAAUAAAUGAAGUCUCAGCUGUUUGCAUUAAUUUAAACCAGGCUAUAAAUAUUAAAUAGAGACAGUUGUAAGAAAUUAGUCUCACUCACUCACUUCAUAGGUUUUUAAAUGAUACUAUUACAUAUUAGUCCUGUAGUAGUAGUAGUACUAAAUCUGCUGGGAUCUGAGGACCAAAAUUGAUGUGGGCUGGGCGUAAAACAGGUAAACGUAAAUUCAUGACACAACUAUAACUACAAGAACAAGACAUGUCGUCCCUCGUCCUGCUUUUUUGUCAUACGCAUCCACAUCCACCGCAGCUCUAAUUCAUACAUGGUGAAUGGAUCUGGUUUGGUAGCGGUGGUCCAUGGAGUAUAAUUGCAUGAUUAACGCCGGUUGGUUCACUGCUGCCCAGAAACUGGUAGUCCUACUCGUACAUAUUCAUGCUCGGUUUGCAGUCAAGAAUCUGGUCAAAGACAUAUCAACCAAUCACAUGCAUGCUUGCCCUUCUUUCUCCUCUCGUUAAGGUGUUAGCGACUCUAGCUUAGUGAGCCCCAUAGUGAGUGCUAGGGGGCGGUAUUCCAACUCCUUGGCGACUCGACUCCAUGUUGCCUAAUGUUUUUUUCUAACAAAUACAGUAAUACACACCCGAGGAAAUCUCAUGCAAUUACUUUACAAGCUAUCCUAACCAUAUUCUCUUUGAGUAAUUCUUGCAAAAUGAAUUUAUAUUCGUUAUUUGUAACUCCAUACGGAAAAUUACCUAAAAAGGGUAAUAUAGUUUUCAUUUUUGUACACUUUUAGUCUUUAUUGUGUUUUUUCUUGUAAAACAAGUCAUUUAACUUGUUUUGUAUACAUUCGGUC